GAAAGCCAGGUGGCGGGCAAGAUGGCGGACUGAGUGGCGGUGGCUUCCCCGUUUAUAUAUUCACAGCAAAUAUAGAAACACAUACGUCAAGUAUUUGUUUUUUUCUUAAGACCGCGAAACAGAAGUUGAGUUUGGAGCGAUGGAGUGUUAGCUGAAGUGAAGAUUGAAGACGUGAUAGAAGAUGGACGACUACUGCUAUGCUAAGAUGGCGACGUCCGGUAAAAGAGAAUCACCAACGGAGAUAAAGACGAAAGAUGAAGACGUCCAGCAGAUGAUCGGUAAUCCAGAAGAAGUUUCCCCUCAGUCAUGGGGGAGCUCCACUUUGAAGCAGGAGACUCCACAACCACCCUGCAUUAAAAAGGAAGAGGAGGAACUCUGGAUCACUCAGGGGGGAGAGUGUCUUCUAGGACGAGAGGAAGCUGAUUACACCAAGUUUCCACUGAGUAUUCUCUCUGUGAAGACUGAAGAUGAUGAAGACAAUCUACAAGUAGACAACCUCUUAGCUCCACUAUCAGAUAGUGAGGCUGAAGACGAGGUUGAAGAACCUUUGAGUAGCGAUACAGACUGUGAAGAUGAUAUGAGGACUCACAUUUACAACAAACACUCUGAAUGCUCUACAAAGAAGAGAGAGCGUUUUUCUGUGCACCAAGCGAUGCAGCUACUUGGGUUGAUUGAUGAAGACAACUCCGAUUUAGACCUAUAUGACAAUGAUGAUCCCAUCCUGGAUGAAAAUUACCAACCAUCAGCACAGGAGGAAAGCAGCAGUGACGACGAGGACCCCAUUCCUGAGCCCACAGAGCACAGCAGAGGACAUAAACGUUGCCGUGGCGCAGAUAAUGGGACAGAGAGUCCAGGGACGGGUUCAUCCCACACUCCCAGACGUCGAUGUCGAACUGGACCGACUGAUCAUGAAGAAGAUGACUCGGAGGAGCCAACACCAGGACCAAGCCAAACCAAAGAAAAUAAAAAGGGAGAGUCCAAACAAGGACGUGGAAUACGCUGGAAGGCUACUCCAUUGACGCCAAACCUUGCAGAGUAUCAGCAUGAGGACAAAACUGAUCUGGACAGACUUGGCUGGACCCCACUAGAGUAUUUUGACCAGUACAUCGAUAGAGAUCUGAUGACACUGAUUUCGGAAUGUUCUAAUGCCAUGUCACUGUCCAGGAGUGGGCACCCACUCAACUUGUCAGUCGAUGAGGUCUACCACUUUUUUGGUGCCUGUAUUUUAAUGUCUUGCAUCCCAUACCCAACCAUUAGGAUGUAUUGGUCCAAAGCCUUUAAAAUCACUGCCAUCACUGACAGAUUCACGCGUGUCAGAUUCUUCAAAGUGAGGGGAGCAAUAAAAGUGGUAAUUGAUGAUGAUGUGCCUGAAGAUCUGAAGAUGUCUGACAAAUUCUGGAAGGUGAGGCCUUUUCUGGAGCGGAUUCUGCGAGGCUGCAAGUCUCUGAAUCGACCUGAUUGCACAUCUAUCGAUGAGCAAAUUAUACCUUUCACGGGAGCCUGUCCGUACAGACAAUAUCUACCAAUGAAGCCCAACCCAGUUGGCAUAAAGAACUUUGUGUGUGCUACUGCAGAUGGUAUUGUGCUUGACUUUGAGCUCUAUCAAGGUUCACAAUCACUGAUGGAGAAGGUCGAAGAACCCGAGGGCCUGGGCUUGGGAAGCUUAGUCAUUGAGCGUCUUUGUCAAACCCUGAAACCCGGCACAAAAGUGUAUUGUGACCGGUUCUUCACCACCAUCAAAGGUGCGCAACGAAUGAUGGAGAAGGAGCUGUACAUAACUGGUACAAUAAUGAAGAACCGACUCGCUGGAGCCAACGACAAGUUACCCGGCGACAAAGCCAUGAAAAGCGCAGGAAGAGGUACCUCAUCAGAAGUGUCCGCUGAAGAUGGAAAGUUGUGUGUAGUGAAGUGGUACGACAACAAGCCAGUAUUGCUGAUGUCUGUUGCUCACGGUACACAGCCUGAGGACACCUGCCAGCGCUGGGACAAGAAGUUGAAACAAUAUGUCACUGUUUCGCGACCAAGCAUUGUCCGUGAGUACAACACCAAGAUGGGUGGGGUUGACUUGAUGGAUAGAAUGAUGAGUUACUAUCGCAUGAGCACCCGUACGAAGAAGUGGACAAUGCGGAUAGUCAUGCAAUUCACGGAUCUGGCUUUAGCCAACAGCUGGCUACUCUACCGCAAAGACCAUGCAAUAUGUGCUGGACCAAAGACAAAACCCAUCCAGUUCCUUGAGUUCCGUAUGGAAGUGGCAAAUAUCCUCUUGGCCCAGCAUCACGGUGCAGAUGCUGACCUAUCGGAACAAUCAGAGGAAGAAGAUGCACAACAUGGGGUAAAACGCCAUGUGACACAGGUGCCCCAUGUCUCGGUCCGCAGGAGGGCUAAUGCCCACCUCCCAGAGAUGAUGGGCCUGAGGAAUGCCAUGCGCUGCAGACUACCAGGCUGCACUGGAAGAACCCGAGUGCGUUGUGUGACCUGCAAGGUGUUCUUGUGCUUGCAAACAGAACGCAACUGUUACUCAGCCUUUCACAGAUAGGUGAUGGCAGUGAUUUUUGUCACAUUAGGUGUGUGUGUGUGCGCACGCGGGCAGUGUUGGGACUAACGCGUUACAGUAACGCCGUUUUUUUCGGCGGUAAUGAGUAGUGUAACCCAUUAUUUUUCAUAUUCAGUAACUCAGUUACCGUUACUGCGUUAUUUUACGUACUUUUACGUAAUUUUUUAUAUAGUAUCGGCUGGAAACUGAGAAGAUCUGAGUGUGUUUUAUUGAAGAGCUGCGGUGUCGUCCUUCUGAUUCUUCCUGUGUCAAAAGGAGAGUCGCGCUGUGUGUGUGAGUGUAUGUGUGGGGUGAGGGGGCGUGUCUGUGUUUACUAACAAGACAUCAUGGCGAAGCCGAAGCCGAGUUUCUUAACAUGGAGAUAUUCUCACACGCUUUGUGUGGGUGGGGGCGGGGGGUGUCUGUAUUUACAUCAUGGCGGAGCCAGAAGUCGAAUUUCUUAACUACUUUUCUUUUGUCGAGCACAAAGAAAAGAACAUUUUAGUUAAAUGUAAGUUGUGUCUUGGAUCAAGGAUCCCAUCUACUGCCCAAAACAGCAAUUCAAAUCUGCUGAAACAGCUACAAAAGCAACAUGCUUCGACGAAGCUAGUAAAGAGAUACACACUUCACCUAAGGAUUUUAACGGAGGCACUGCUAGCCAGGACUACAUUGAUAGAGCCAUUGCAGCGUAUGUGCUAGAAGACAUGUAGGGUAUUUCUACAGUGGAGUCACCCGCUUUCAGGCAGCUAAUUAGCAUGAUAACGGGCGUCAAACGACAAAUGGCACGAAAACAUUUUCCAAGUACCUGGACACAGUGGACAGUGAGUACAUAAACAUGGAAAGCGAGCCAAAGAAAACUCUCCAAACUCUGCCUUUGCUCAUCACUCCGUCAACUCUCUUAUAUACUUUUUCAUUCUAGACUUCUAGAGUGUUUGUUUAUCACAUCACUCUAAAUGUGUAGACUAUAAAGUUCACAAACAUAAAGAGGGAUCCUAGUGGGCCAGGCCAAUCUUUCCAUUUCUCUAAACUAAAACUGGGGAAAUGUGUAGAGUGUUCUGGGCUUCACUGAAGACAUGAUUUUAUUUCACAAUUCCUUGAGAGAAAAAAACGCCUGGUUAGGCUUUGUGUGUAUAGCAGUAUGUGUGCUGUAUAUAGUGACAUGACAUAUAAUCAUGUCAUGUGUGCCUUCCUUGGGUGAAGCCAGGUUUACAGCUAUGUUGUGACAUGUUAUGCGGUUUGUUACUUAUGUACAGAGGUGGGUAGUAACGCGCUACAUUUACUCCGUUACAUCUACUUGAGUAACUUUUGGGAUAAAUUGUACUUCUAAGAGUAGUUUUAAUGCAACAUACUUUUACUUUUACUUGAGUAUAUUUAUAGAGAAGAAACGCUACUUUUACUCCGCUACUUUUAUCUACAUUCAGCUCGCUACUCGCUACUAAUUUUUAUCGAUCUGUUAAUGCACGCUUUGUUUGUUUUGGUC